AUGUGGAUGCAUCGGUCUUCAGCUCAAUCUCCAAAAGAGGAUGUUCAUGCGCAACGGAUGGGUCUCGGAUGCCUCAUUCCCGCUCAACGGAACGAACAUAUCCGAAUGCACCAGCUACAUUUAUCCGAGUCGGGAAUUGAACAUGAUGAACGACCUGACCCCCGAGCUGGAUCGGCACCAUCUCUGUUAACAAAUGACCCUAGCCGCUCGAAAGCUGCCCACUGGUCCACUCUAUCGCUCAUGUGA